CCCACGAGCCAGUGUCAGCCUCUCGACGGGAGGAGGCGGCGGCGGAGGAGGAGCAGGGGGAGGGCUGUCAAAUUCGGGAGCCAGAUUUUUUCCCCUUCCCUUGGCAAUCCCUUCCGCUUCCCUGGCUCCCGCUGUGACAUCUGCGGACGGGGGACCUGUAUGUGUGUGCGCGCGAAGCAGCGGAAGAAUGGCAGUGCUCAAACUCACCGACCAGCCACCACUGGUCCAAGCAAUCUUCAGCGGUGAUCCAGAGGAGAUACGGAUGCUCAUCCACAAGACCGAAGAUGUGAAUGCCCUGGAUUCUGAGAAACGAACUCCCCUUCAUGUGGCCGCGUUUCUGGGAGAUGCAGAGAUCAUUGAACUCCUGAUUCUGUCAGGAGCUCGUGUCAAUGCCAAGGACAACAUGUGGCUGACCCCACUGCACCGGGCUGUUGCUUCCAGAAGUGAAGAAGCAGUACAAGUAUUGAUUAAGCACUCGGCUGAUGUCAAUGCAAGGGACAAGAACUGGCAGACCCCGCUGCAUGUGGCAGCAGCCAACAAGGCUGUCAAAUGUGCGGAAGUGAUCAUUCCCCUGCUGAGCAGCGUCAACGUCUCCGACCGAGGGGGACGCACAGCCUUGCACCACGCAGCUCUGAAUGGCCAUGUGGAGAUGGUCAAUUUACUCUUGGCCAAAGGGGCAAACAUCAAUGCCUUUGACAAGAAGGAUCGGCGUGCUCUGCACUGGGCAGCUUAUAUGGGCCACCUGGAUGUUGUGGCAUUGCUUAUUAACCACGGUGCGGAAGUGACCUGUAAGGAUAAGAAGGGUUACACCCCUCUCCAUGCCGCAGCCUCCAAUGGACAGAUCAAUGUUGUCAAACAUCUCCUGAAUCUCGGGGUGGAGAUCGAUGAAAUCAAUGUCUAUGGAAAUACGGCACUUCACAUCGCCUGCUACAACGGACAGGAUGCUGUAGUUAACGAGCUGAUUGACUACGGUGCUAACGUGAACCAGCCCAACAACAACGGGUUCACCCCUCUGCAUUUUGCUGCUGCCUCCACUCAUGGUGCUUUGUGUCUUGAAUUGUUAGUAAACAACGGGGCAGAUGUGAACAUUCAGAGUAAAGAUGGCAAAAGUCCACUGCACAUGACAGCUGUCCAUGGACGAUUCACACGGUCACAGACCCUCAUUCAGAAUGGAGGCGAAAUUGACUGUGUGGAUAAGGAUGGCAACACUCCUCUCCAUGUGGCUGCAAGAUACGGUCAUGAGCUUUUGAUUAACACCUUAAUAACCAGCGGAGCUGACACAGCCAAGUAGGUUACUGCAGAAAUACGGUAGAAUAAUUGGCACUUGUGGGAAUACUGCCAAAGGGAUUCUGCCACGCAGCAGAUAGUUCCCAUUUAUCCAGAUUAGGGUGGGUCUGUUCCAUUAUACCAAACACAAAUUAAAUUUGAAAUAAAUUAAGUGACUUUUAAUGAUGGACAUAGGGAA